AUGCAGCGCGAGGAGCCCACCCCACCCACCUCAGCUGUAGUGAGGAGUCCAGGCAGCAACCAGCGCGUCUCUGCCUACCAAUGGGCAUGCGAGGAGGCUCCGUCUCUGUGCAGCGCUCCGUCUCAGCAGCUGAGGCGCAGGGGGAACUGCGACGGCCGCGCCGAGCAUCUUCCAGUGUUGCCAGACAGGAAGAGGGUGACGACCAGGAGCUACCUGCCCAUCACACCGGUGGACACCGACAGCAGCUGCAACUUCACCUGCGUGGCCAGCAACCCGGCGGUGCCCAUGGGCAAACGAGCCACGGUCGCCCUCAACGUCCACCACCCUCCUAUGGUGACCCUGUCCAUCGAACCUCGCUCCGUCCUGGAGGGCGAGAGAGUCACCUUCACCUGUCAGGCCACCGGCAACCCUCCCAUCAUCGGCUUCAGGUGGGCGAAAGGCGGCGUGCUGCUGGAGGGCGCCCGGGAAAGCGUGUUCGUCACCACGGCCGACCACUCCUUCUUCACCGAGCCCGUUUCCUGUCAGGUGUUCAACGUGGUGGGAAGCACCAACGUCAGCAUCCUGGUGGACGUGCACUUCGGCCCCAUUCUGGUGGUGGAGCCCCGGCCGGUGACGGUGGACGCCGACGCCGACGUCACCCUGAACUGCAAGUGGUCUGGGAACCCCCCUCUCACCCUCACCUGGACCAAGAAGGGCUCCAGCAUGGUGCUCAGCAACAACAACCAGCUGUACCUGAAGUCGGUGAGCCAGGCCGACGCCGGCCAGUACGUCUGCAAGGCCAUCGUGCCCCGGAUCGGCGUGGGAGAGACGGAGGUCACGCUCACCGUCAACGGCCCCCCCAUCAUCUCCAGUGAUUCGGUCCAGUACUCCGUCAGAGGGGAGCGAGGGGAGAUCAAGUGUUACAUCGCCAGCACCCCGCCGCCCGAUAAGAUUGUGUGGGCGUGGAAGGAGAACGUGUGGGAGAAGGAGAAGGGCACCCUGAUGGAGCGCUACACCGUGGAGCAGAGCAGACCUCCGUCCCAGGGCGGGGCCGUCCUCUCCACCCUCACCAUCAACAACGUCAUGGAGUCAGACUUCCACUCGCCCUACAACUGCACCGCCUGGAACGCCUUCGGACCCGGGACCAUGAUCAUCACCCUGGAGGAGACGGAUAUCGUUCCAGUCGGGAUCAUCGCCGGUGGGACGGUGGGCUCCUCCAUCCUGCUGCUGAUGUUCCUGCUGGCGCUCGCCUUCUUCCUCUACCGCCAACGCAAAGGCAGUCGCCGGGGCGUCACCCUCGGCAAGCCCGACAUCAAGGUGGAGACGGUCAACAAAGAGAGCCACAGCCUGGAGGAGGAGGCGGCCGACGUCUCCACGGCAACGCGGAUGGUCAAGGCCAUGUACUCACCCUUCAAAGACGACAUGGACCUGAAGCAGGACGUCCGGAGCGAGAGCGACGCCCGCGAGGAGUACGAGCUCAAGGAUCCAACCAACGGCUACUACAACGUCCGAGCCACCGCCCACGACGAGGCUCGCCCGCAGUCCCGCGCCGUCCAACACUACCAGGGCGACUUCCGCAGCCCGAACCCGAACAGCGGACCGGCCGGUGCGGUCGCCGGCGGCGGCGGCGUCGCCCCCAGCGGAGUGCCGGGCUCGAGGGCGGGCUGCUACGACCCCCGGCCCCCCUCCAGGAUGUCCCACGCCACCUACGCCCAGUUCAACACCUUCACCAGGGUGGCGCAGAGCCAGCAGGCGCCUCCCAAUCCGGCCCUCCAAUCGCCCACCGAUUACCCCGGAGACUGCGGCCAGCUGGACGGCACCGCCCAGCUGGCCUACGACAACUACGGAUACCCCUCCCAGUACCCCAGCUACCGCAUGGGCUUUGCUCCACCCAUAGAGGAAGGGCCAGCCUAUGAGAUGUAUCCAACAGGCCAAGGUACCGGGCCGGGGCCUGGGCCAGGACCGGGGCCUGGGCCAGGGCCAGGACCGGGACCAGGACCGGGACCAGGACUGGGACAGGGGCAGGGGCCAGGACAACAAAGUCCUGAAACAGGGCUGGGGCAGUAUGGAACCUCCACUCGCUUCUCGUAUUCGUCUCCACCCUCUGACUAUUCCCAAAGACACACACAGCGGAUGCAGACUCAUGUUUGAGAACCACACACACACACACACACACACACACACACACACACUCUUUGACUUGCUUUUUGCAGCUGCAGUAUUACACAUAAAUAUAUAAAAGAUACAUAAGCAUUCAAGAAUCCAUUUUCUUUUCUUUUUUUCCCAGUAGCAGCCAGUGCAUGGAACUGAGGUUCACUCUUUGGACCAAUCAAACACCAGCUAGCAGCUCAUCCUAUAACACAGUCAGUCAGCAACACACACACACACACACACACACACACACACACACACACACACGUGCAAAGCGACAUUCACACACACUCACGCAGACUUUCUGUUGCGCGCAGUGCGUUUGUGCUCCAGCGGGGAGCGACAGCGAGCGUCACAAUCAAGAGACAAAGAGACAAAAGAAGAAGAAGAGGAAGAGGAGGAGGAGGAGCAGAGGAACCUGCAUCAAUCUCUCCUCCCACCUCGUCCUUGUGUACAAACCUAUACAGUGCAAUGCAGUACAGACCGAACUCUGUAAUCCACGCUGACGCUCACACACACACACACACACACACACACACACACACAGAUCUUUAAAGACUUGUUUGUUUGUGGGCA